AUGCUUUUGCGUCUUUAUUAUGCAUUUGAAGCUUCAGUUGAGAUCAAGAUGUUGCCACAGCUUUGCUUUGUGCUGUGUCUGCUUAGCCUAGGGGCUGCCUACGAAGCCCCAAAGGCCACGGUAGAAGUGUUCUAUCCGAAAGGGUUUCAAGUAUCAAUACCACAUGAGGAGGGGAUUACAUUGUUUGCCUUUCACGGCAAACUCAAUGAGGAAAUGGAAGGCCUAGAGGCUGGCACCUGGGCACGUGAUAUUGUCAAGGUGAAAAACGGACGUUGGACUUUCAGAGACCGUGAGACCACACUGAAACCGGGUGACAUACUCUACUUCUGGACCUAUGUUAUCUACAAUGGACUAGGUUAUCGCGAAGAUGACGGUGUCUAUGCAGUACAGGCGUACAGCGAUAGUACUGGAGGCAGCGGCAGCACAACAAAGAAACCGGAUAGAGUAACGCCAGCGUCGGUGGACUACAGCUCUCAGAUAGACAUAAGAAUCAAUGAUGGCUGCAAGGCGCCCAAGACUCAAGCUAAUGGUGUGCCCACACGAUGCUCCAAUCAACUAAUCUUCUCGGAUGAGUUCAAUGGCAACCGGCUUAAUACUUCUAUUUGGCAGCUAGAGCAUCGUUUCUCCAGCGCACCAGAUUAUGAAUUUAACAUUUAUGUCAACAACGCUCAGCAGACUUUAAGCCUGUCUAAUGGUCAUGUGGAGAUUAAGCCUUUCUCCACUAAACGCUUAUUUAAGCAAAAUCUUAACACCAAACUGGAUCUUGGCGGUCAGUGUACGGGUGUGCGCAAUACGGAUGAGUGUGUGCGUGAUGCUAGGCAUAGAAUACGUCCAGAUAAACUACCACCACUCGUCUCUGCGCAGUUCACCAGCAAACAGAGCUUUUCCUUCAAGUAUGGUCGCGUUGAAGUGCGCGCUAAGCUCCCGCGUGCCAAGUAUGUGGUACCCCAGAUUUGGCUGCAACCUAAGGACCUUGACUAUGGCAAGGAUGACUACGAGUCUGGGCAGAUACGCAUUGCAUAUGCCCGUGAAGUUACUGGUGGUCAGCUGGAUCUCUAUGCCGGUCCUUUGCUAAAUGCCAAGGAGCCCUUCCGCUCCAACAAGCUCUGCCACAAGUUAGGCAGCACAGACGGCAAAGAUGAUUGGAGCGACAGCUUCCACACCUACACGUUGGAAUGGACGCCGCGUGAGCUGAAAUGGCUAGUGGAUGGUCAGGAGUUUUGCACCAAGGGCUCUGAUACGGGCGCGUUUAGCGCAACUAAUGUGAACAACAAAGCGUUGCCCAAUGCUGAUGAGCUGGAAAAGGGCACAGGACUGGCUCCCUUCGAUAAGGAGUUUUAUCUUACCUUUGGCGUAGGCGUCGCAGGAUUCAAUGAGUUCUACUAUGAAGAGGACAAGCCUUGGCAUGAUAAUGAGCCCAUAGCCAUGAACAGCUUCUGGGAAAAAUACAAGCCACAACAGGAUCAAUGGUGUGAGCAGGCGCAGCUGAAAAUCGAUUAUGUUAAAGUAUAUGCUUUGUAAAAAGAAUAUCACAAUAAAACAAUGCGCCAAUUACCGAUAA